UUUUAACUUUGACCACACCCUUGUCACCUUUUUUUGCAAAGAAUGAAGUUUUGUGUAGCAGCACCACUAGAAGCUACCAAGAAAGGGAUAUUCAUUCUCAGUACAGCUUUGAUAGUGUUUGUGGCAAUCAGCAACUCACUACAAUGGCACAUGGAAGAGUUUUGGGGUGCAUCUAAAGCUUUCUUUGUCGAGAAAUGGGCGUAUAUUUAUUACAAUUUCGGUUAUGAGAAUUUUUUCGUUAUGUACAUCCUGGGGACAUCUAUAUACGGCCUUGUCGUUUAUACUUUUAUUAAUAUGUUAUUUGGUUUUGUCGAUGUCACUGGAAGGCCUCAAAUAUUCAAGAAAUACAAGAUUCAAGAUACCAAGAAUUUUCCUGUUGAUCCUGCUAAAUACAAGAAAUGUCUCCAAGUUGUGACUUUUAAUUCUCUCCUCAUCGGUCCUCUCUUCCUUGUAGUAUCCUCCCCCAUUGCUUACUGGCGGGGACUCAAUUGUGGCUACCAGCUGCCAACAUUCCCUCAAGUUAUCUGCCAGCUGAUAGUAUUCACUGUAUCUGUUGAAACGGGAUUCUAUUACAUGCACAGAUUAUUUCAUCACCGGUCUCUUUAUUCUCGUAUACACAAAAUCCAUCACGAGUGGACAGCUCCUAUCAGCCUAGCCUCCGUCUAUUGUCACCCAAUUGAGCACUUUUGCUGUAAUAUUUUCCCGAUAAUGCUCGGUCCUAUAAUCUUGGGUACCUGGUUUAGCAACCAUCUUUCAGCAGUUUGGUUGUGGGUGGCGAUUGCUAUCGUCAAUACCACGUUUUCUCAUUGCGGCUAUCACCUGCCUUUCUUGUCAUCGCCCGAGGGACAUGACUUCCAUCACAGCAAGUUUAAUCAGAACUUUGGUGUAUUGGGUAUACUUGACAGACUACAUGGAACAGAUAACGUAUUUGUUAACAGCAUUGAACACAAGAGGCACUUUAUAUUACUGGGACUCUCAUCAGCUAAAGAAUUAGUACCAGACGAUAAGAAAAUGGCAAUGGAUUAGAGUAGUAUUUAUAUUUUUAUUAGUCAGGUUGUCUGUGUUUAUUUAUAAUUAUUAUAUUGUCUGUCAGUGUGAUUUUCAUUUAUAAGUUGUGCGUUGAAAAUUUGAAAUCAAUCAAUUUGGGGGGAGGUUUAUUACUUCCCGUUUCAUUAA